AUGUGUCCUAAUGCUAAGUGCCGAAACAGGCACUGCUUUCGUCGAGCCGCUCUGCGGGCCGCCUCAGCCCAGACAGCCAGGACCGCCAUCGUUAGCAAGCGAGUCGUUCCUUUCCUUGCUGCUGUACCUGCGACGGUGGCCAGGUCGGCCGCACUACCCAUUGCCCGAGCGUUCUCUGUGUCCCGGACACUCGCCAAUCUCGAAGAGAACAGUGACACCUCUACAUUGCAACAAGAGUCUACAGAGGAGCAACACAAGCAGAAGCUCGAACCACCCAAUGGCAUUUUUGUUAAGAACCUGGUGUUCGAUGCUACCGAUGAGCAUCUGAGCGAAGCCUUUUCUCAGUAUGGCAAGGUUGUUCAGGCCACUGUCGCGCGGGAUCCUCGUGGGUUGAGCAGAGGGCAAGUCUCACUUUCCUGGCGCACGCUACUGGAAAAACGACAUAUCUGCUUUGGAUUCGUUUACUUUGAACAACCAGAAGAGGCACAAAAGGCGUGCAAUGAGGCCGAUAACACCUUUUGGCACGGGCGACGGAUAGGUGUCGCUCCCCGGGUUAAGAAGACCAAGGCAGAACCUAAUCAAUCCGGGGGGCGCGAUCCUACUCCGCAUCUCUUCAUCGGUAACAUCCCGUACGAGACUACCGAUGCGGACCUCAACAGGCUCUUCCAGUCUCUGGAGAACCUCGAGGACGUGAGGAUCGCUGUUGACCGCAGCACGGGAUGGCCUCGCGGGUUCGCACACGCAGACUUCAAGGAUGUGGAGUCCGCCGCCAAGGCUGUGGAGCAUAUCAAGACGAUGGAGUUGAUGGGCAGGAGCUUGCGAGUGGACUAUUCAAGCCCUCCCAGGUUCAAAACUAAAAAUCGGAGCACGCAAAACAAUGAGGACUCUCGGUAUUGA